GGUACUGCAUUCAGCCCCUCCCCGGUAGACAUCACGGAGAGACACGUGAUCCGCUCUGUCUGUGGCUCCUGACAGUCGCUGGAUAAGCUCAACAGAGAAACCAGAUUGCACCUUCUCGUCCGCAAAGAUAACUGGAUUUCCAGCCCCGCGCUUCCCAACUACCUCCGUCCGGGGGUUUUAAUUUUCCCCUUUAGUUGCGUUUUGUUUUUCUAUCUGGAAAACAGAUUUGGAGGACACAAUAUUUAAAGAAAGCUCUGAGUCUGGGGACUGCCUUGACAGACAGACAGACAGACAGACUGCUUCUUUUGCUGAGCUUAUCAGCCAACGUGGCUCCAUAUGGCAUCUUUUUUUUUCCCUCUUUGCUACAGAGGAUGCGGGGUGAAAAGCCCUGAGCAAGGCUUCCAGCUACCCCGCCAAUGAACGUUGGCAUGGACAUGACGAUUAAAGCUGCCAUUUCAACUCAAGUGAAACCUCGCACACGCUAACUGGCACCAGGAGGAAGUGUUCCAUAAUUAAAUAAAUUAGACCGAGCGUGCCCACUGGAUAUUUGAAUCUCUGUCGAUCUGCUCUAAAUAGCCAUGGCAGAGAGGACCUUUAAAUCGUUCGAACUAUUUUGGCGGGAACAGUGAGAGGUUUGGCCACUGGCCUGGACAGCGUGAGGUAAUGGUUUUUGCGCCAGGAUACAAGUGGUUGCCAUUCCAAUUGACACACAAAUCUACAAAAUCAUUUAAUCUUUCCUCUUACCAUGCAUCAGUUUUCGCUUGUAUAUCCAUGUAGACAGUCAGUUAUAUGCCAGUCUACAGUAAACCCAACACACAUUUCAUCUAAGUAAAUUCAGCCCUAUAAGUCCAACCUGCAUUCUGCAGAAUUUGUUAUCGCACAAUGGUUUUACAAAAGCCACAUGGUGCCCAUUUCAUAUGGGUUGGGCUGCUCAUUUGCUGCUUUGUAGAAAUAGGCACUUGUCUAGAAUUUACAGGUGCGGAGGGACAGUGGGCUAGAUUUCCAAUGUGGAACGCAUGCUGCGAAAGCGAAAUGAGCUUCAACAUGAAAACAAAGAGUUCCCACGGGCUGCUAGUCUACUUCGAUGACGAGGGAUUUUGUGACUUUCUAGAACUUCUCAUACUGAACGGCAAACUCAGCCUCCGCUUCUCCAUCUUCUGCGCCGAGCCUGCGACCGUCGUGUCCGACACAGCGGUCAACGACAGCCAGUGGCACACGGUCACGAUAAGGAGAAACUUUAAGAACACAACCCUAAUGGUGGACAAUGAGAUGAAGUGGGUCGAGGUGAAGUCGAAAAGGCGGGAUAUGACUGUUUUCAGCCACUUGUUUGUUGGUGGAAUACCACCGGAGUUACAGUCCGUGGCGCUACGACUGACGUCAGCCGCAGUUAAGGAUCAGCUGCCUUUCACUGGAUGGAUAACAGACGUAAAGGUCAACAACACGGAGUCGGAAAUGAUCAACAGUGAAGGGGUCUUGAAGGACCUCUGUGGUACUUCCAACAUGUGCUUAAACGGAGGAGUCUGCAGUUUAAUUAACAAUGAACCGACAUGUGACUGCACUCAGACAGGCUUCCAAGGAAAGGACUGCAGUGAAGAAGACAACUAUACUGAAGGUCUGGCACACCUGAUGAUGGGCGACCAAGGUAAAAGUAAAGGGCAGAGAGGAGAAGCUUGGCUUCUAAGGUCCUUGCUGAGCAUUCAAGGAAAAGAAGAGUAUGUCGCAACCUUCAAAGGAUCUGAGUUCUUCUGCUACGACUUGUCCUUGAACCCGAUUCAAAGCAGCAGUGAUGAAAUCACAUUGUCAUUCAAAACCCUGCAGAGGAAUGGACUGAUGCUGCACACGGGCAAAUCAGCUGAUUACGUCAACCUGGCGCUGAAAAAUGGGGCUGUGUCCCUCGUCAUUAAUUUGGGGUCUGGAGCCUUUGAAGCUCUUGUGGAGCCGGUCAAUGGGAAAUUUAAUGACAAUGAUUGGCAUGAUGUCAAAGUAACAAGGAAUCUACGUCAGCACUCAGGCAUUGGACACGCUAUGGUAACAAUAUCCGUGGAUGGGAUUCUGACCACCACAGGAUAUACACAAGAGGACUACACCAUGCUAGGCUCUGAUGACUUUUUCUAUGUUGGCGGGAGUCCUAGCACAGCUGACCUGCCUGGAUCUCCAGUUAGCAACAACUUCAUGGGCUGCCUGAAGGAGGUUGUGUACAAAAAUAACGACGUGCGACUUGAGCUGUCAAGACUGGCCAAGCAGGGCGAUCCCAAGAUGAAGAUCCACGGCACUGUGGCCUUCAAGUGCGAGAAUGUGGCCACUCUAGACCCAAUCACAUUUGAGACGCCUGCAUCUUUUAUCACCCUCAACAAGUGGAACGCCAAGAAGACGGGCUCCAUCUCCUUUGACUUCCGCACCACAGAACCGAACGGCCUUCUCCUGUUCAGCCACGGCAAACCCAAGCAGCAACCAAAGGACUCCAAGAGCCCGCAAACUCUCAAGGUGGACUUCUUUGCCAUUGAGAUGCUUGAUGGACAUUUGUACCUUCUGCUGGACCUGGGCUCAGGAACCACAAAGACCAGAGCAGUAAAUAAGAAGGUCAAUGACGGCGAGUGGUACCAUGUUGACUUCCAGCGCGAUGGAAGAUCAGGUACCAUAUCCAUCAACACCCUUCGCACCGCUUAUACCGCCCCUGGUGAAAGCGAGAUCCUGGACCUGGAUGACAAUCUCUACCUCGGGGGUCUGCCAGAGAACAAAAAGGGGCUGAUGUUCCCCACAGAGGUGUGGACAGCGCUGCUCAACUACGGCUACGUGGGCUGCAUCAGAGAUUUAUUUAUUGACGGACAGAGUAAGGAUGUGCGACGCCUGGCCGAGAUCCAGAAGGCCGCCGGGGUCAAACCCUCGUGCUCUAAAGAGCCUCCCAAACAAUGCUUGAGCAACCCGUGCCAAAACAAUGGGAUCUGUAGAGAAGGCUGGAACCGCUACGUGUGCGACUGCUCUGGGACUGGAUACCUGGGACGCUCCUGCGAAAGAGAGGCGACUGUCCUCAGCUACGACGGCAGCAAGUUUAUGAAGGUCCAGCUACCGCUGGUGAUGCACACAGAGGCCGAGGAUGUGUCUCUGCGGUUCCGCUCCCAGCGAGCCUACGGCAUCCUAAUAGCCACCACAUCCCGGGACUCCGCUGACUCCCUGCGACUAGAGCUGGAGAGCGGCCGCGUCCGUCUGACAGUCAACUUAGAUUGUAUCAGGAUUAACUGUACCUCCAGCAAAGGUCCAGAGACUAUUUUUGCUGGUCAGAAUCUGAACGAUAAUGAGUGGCACACAGUGCGUGUGUUCAGGAGGGGCAAGAGUUUGAAACUGACCGUAGACGAUCUUCCGCCCGUGGAAGGUCAAAUGGCGGGUGACCAUACCCAACUGGAGUUCCAUAACAUUGAGACGGGCAUUGUGACAGAGAAGCGCUUCUUGUCCAUGGUGCCGUCCAACUUCAUUGGCCACCUUCAGAGUCUCUCCUUCAAUGGCAUGGCCUACAUAGACCUCUGUAAAAACGGUGACAUUGAUUACUGUGAGCUCAAUGCCAUGAUUGGCUUCAAGAACAUCAUUGCCGACCCCGUCACCUUCAAGUCGCGCUCCAGCUAUGUGAUUCUCACCACACUGCAGGCCUACUACUCCAUGCACCUUUUCUUUCAGUUCAAGACCACCUCCUCCGACGGCCUCAUCCUGUACAACAGCGGGGAUGGGAACGACUUCAUCGUGGUGGAGCUGGUCAAAGGUUACCUGCACUAUGUGUCAGACCUGGGGAACGGAGCACACUUAAUCAAAGGCAACUCAAACAAGCCCCUCAACGACAACCAGUGGCACAAUGUCAUAAUCUCCAGGGACACCAACAACCUCCACACUGUCAAGAUUGAUACCAAGGUUACCACGCAGACGACUACAGGAGCCAAAAACCUGGACCUGAAGGGUAGCCUCUUUAUUGGUGGGGUGGCUAAGGAGAUGUACAAGGAGCUGCCCAAACUGGUGCACGCAAAGGAGGGCUUUCAAGGUUGUCUGGCGUCUGUGGAUCUGAACGGGCGGCUCCCAGACCUGAUGUCAGAUGCAGUGGACUGCGUGGGACAGAUAGAGAGAGGGUGUGAAGGCCCCAGCACGACGUGCCAAGAGGACUCGUGUGCCAAUCAGGGUGUUUGUCUUCAGCAGUGGGAGGGCUUCAGCUGUGACUGCAGCAUGACGACAUUCGGAGGACCACUCUGUAACGAUGCGGGGACUACUUACAUAUUUGGGCGAGACGGUGGACUGAUCACAUACACGUGGCCGCCAAAUGACCGUCCCAGCACAAGGGCAGACCGACUAGCCAUCGGCUUCAGCACACACCUGAAGGAUGCUGUCCUGGUGAGGGUGGACAGCUCCUCUGGUCUCGGCGACUUCUUGAAGCUCCACAUUGAGAAAGGAAACAUUGCCGUCGUAUUUAAUGUCGGGACGGACGACAUUAACAUUGAGGAGACGUCAAAGUUUGUAAAUGACGGAAAGUACCAUAUAGUGAAGUUUACGCGGAGUGGGGGUAAUGCCACUCUGCAGGUGGAUGACCUGCCAGUCAUUGAGCGCUACCCCACAGGCAACAAUGAUAACGAACGCCUGGCGAUUGCUAGACAGCGAAUCCCAUACCGACUUGGUCGAGUAGUUGACGAAUGGCUACUCGACAAAGGGCGACAGCUUACGAUCUUCAACAGCCAAACCACUAUACAGAUCGGAGGCUGGGAGCGAGAUCGGAGUCGAUCCUUUCAGGGCCAGCUUUCGGGCCUCUACUAUAAUGGCUUGAAGGUGUUCAACAUGGCCGCGGAAGGGGAUCCCAAUAUAAAGAUCCAGGGCAGCGUGCGGCUCGUGGGGGAGUCGCCCUCCUCCAUCACGCCGCAGUCGAGCACCACAGCCAACCGCUCGGAGACGUCCACGUCCAUCAUGGAGAUCACCACCACCACGGCGUCCAGCAGAAGAGUCAAGCAGACCACACCACGAGAGCCUCAGCAGCCGACCGACGACUUGCUGGUGGCCUCAGCCGAGUGUCCGAGCGAUGAUGAGGACAUUGAUCCCUGUGAGCCGAGCUCAGGUGGGUUAGCCAAUCCCACUGGAGCCGGACCAAAGGGUUACCCAGGUACGUCGGAGGUGUUCCGGGAGUCGAGCAGCACCACAGGGAUGGUGGUCGGCAUCGUGGCGGCGGCGGCGCUGUGCAUUCUCAUCCUGCUUUACGCCAUGUACAAGUACCGGAACAGAGACGAAGGCUCGUACCACGUGGACGAGAGUCGCAACUACAUCAGCAACUCGGCGCAGUCCAACGGCACCGUAGUCAAAGAGAAACCAGUCAACACCGCAAAGACCUCAAGCAAGAACAAGAAGAACAAGGACAAGGAGUACUACGUGUGAUUGUCAGAGCUUUGGUCUCUGCCAGACCAGCUUAAACAUUGAUCAAACAAAAAGACAAAUCAGGACAUCAACAUGUGUACAGUAUAAUAAAGAUGAACAUUAUUUAGUCUUUUUUUUUUUCCUAUGAGGCAGUGCUCUGAAAAUGAAAAGAAUAACUUUCUUUAGACUCUCAAGACAGAAAACGUGAACUGUCCAGAAAGAGACUGACGGAAACAUGACCCCGACAAACAGUUAAAAAUGAAUCAAACGCAUAUCUAACAUGUCUACGAAACAACAUUAACCCAUCUGUGACUUGUUCCUUGGUCGGGAUAAUACAAUCUAAGUCCCUCGUUUCUGGUAAGCAGAGGAGCACAGAUGCACUUUGCAAAUGGAGAUUCAGCAUUACAAACUUUCCAUUUACAUUGCCUGUGUUUGUGUUGUUGGGACUUUUUCUAGAGAAAAUGACACAAUGCAUCAAUAAAUACACACAUAAAUACGCCAAACACUUAAUACGGAUGAAGAGGACAAAAAAUUAAAAAAUAAAUCAUGCGACUGAAUACGGAGAGGAGGAAAAAAAAAAAUAAAAAAAUCGAGGCUGAUGGAUGUCAGAGGAAUCAUUCAAAGUACUUGCUGAAGAGGCUGCGAUGCCGGCAGAGACUGAUACCUGGCUGCUGCAGCGAACAGAUAAGAAAUGGAUGGCAGUUUCCCAUGAAAGACUGUGGUUUAAAAGAAUAUGUCAAUUGUGCCAGUAAGAAAUCUGGAGGCCUUCGUUUUCACAUUGGGUGAACUCAAAGAAGGACGUUUCCUCAGAGUCCUGGGGAUGUCUCAGAUAUGAUCAGUUGGGAGCCAUGCACGCAAAAUUAUCUUAUUACAGUACAUAUGUUUAUAUACAGUACAACCACAUCUAUAUGUGCUUUCUGGACUGUGACAAAGUGGUGUUUUAUAGCCUGUUGUAUAGACAAUGCAAACUAUAACUGCUCCUCAACCAUUUUGGAAUAAAAAAACAAAAAAAAAAAGGACAAAAAAGAAGACAUAAGUGUUAUUAAGUGUUGCUAGACAUAGAAGAUUUUAUGAGGACAUCUGCAUUUUAUUUUUAUUUUAUUUUUUUUUUCAGUCGGAUGAUAAUUUUAAUCUGCCCUGUUUUUACAUGUGUUCCUAUAUAGUUUUUUAUACAAAUGCCAACCUGAGAUAGCUGAUCCUGGACCAGUAACAGCCUAACCGUUCCCAAAAACUGCACGAGGCGUGCACACGACAAACUUGUGUGGCUCUCUUGUAAGGAUACUGGUAGAAUCACUGCCUUCCUCCACAAUCCUGACUUACAUGAGUGAGAAUGAAGAACAAGAAUACAAGUGGUGAUGAUGACGAUGACUACAACGAUGAUGAUGAUGAUGAUGAUGAUGAUGAUGACGAUGAUUAAGAUAAAUUAACUUGCUGUGUGUGUUUUUUCCAAGUGGUAUUAUAAGGUUGUCCGAUGUGCGCUUGGGCUGACACAAACCUCUAAAGGAGAAUAGCUCAAACAAGUCUCCAUUUCAACUGUUCUGUGUUUGUUCUGUCAUUCUGUCAGUCAAUUCUGCUUUCCAGAGACCUGUACUUGGAAUGAGUAUGAGGAAAAAUGACCAUGAACUAUAAAUGAUGAUUAUAAAUUCUCUUUGUUUGCUCCUCGUUUAUUUUCUCUGGAGUAUUUUGUGUUUAACUGUAUUUUUCUUGUACUAUACAUUAAAAAAAAUAUAAUAAUAAUUAUUAUAAAAACUAGUUUUGAAAAACCAAAUGAAUAAAACAUUAUCUAAGUCAACUUAAA